CCUUGGCAUUUAAAUAACACUGUUAAAAACGUGUGCCUCUGACAUAAAUAGAAAUGGCAGUUUCGGCUUCGUGCCUUCCCACACAGCGCCGGGCUCUCGAUCCACCCAUGAUCCAGUUCACAUUUUACCGGUCAGAAAAGCGCCGUUUCCCGUUCGAUAACUCCGUUCCGCGGCCCUGUUCGAUACGGCCGCUUGCUGUUCGAUAACUCCAUUCCGUGCCGAUGUUCAAUAAGCGAAGGCCCUGUUCGAUCGCUCCGCUCCGCGUUUUGUGCCAUCCCCGCCGCUUCCCCGAACUCCAGCCCCUCGCUCUCUCUCUGUCGGCCUCUCACUUCGUCUCAAUAUGUCUCAAGAUGGCGGCCAGUGCGGGAUCGAUGUUUCAAUAUUGGAAGCGCUUUGAUUUACAGCAGCUGCAGAGGGAGCUGGAUGCCACGGCGACGGUGCUGGCCAACAGACAGGAUGAGAGCGAGCAGUCCAGGAAGAAGCUCAUUGACCAGAGUCGGGAGUUCAAGAAGAACACUCCGGAGGACCUGCGAAAACAGGUGGCUCCUUUGCUGAAGAGCUUCCAGGCCGAGAUCGACGCCCUGAGUAAGCGGAGUAAGGAUGCUGAAGCCGCCUUCCUCAAUGUCUACAAGAGGCUGAUCGAUGUCCCAGACCCCACGCCAGCCCUGGAGGCCGGCCAGCAGCUGCAGCUGAAGGUGCAGAGGAUGCACGAUGUGGAGACGGAGAACCAGAAACUGCGUGAGACGCUGGAGGAGUACAAUAAGGAGUUCGCUGAGGUCAAGAACCAGGAGGUCACGAUCAAGGCGCUUAAGGAGAAGAUCCGUGAGUACGAGCAGAGCCUGAAGAGCCAGACCGAGAGCCUGGUGCAGGAGGCGGAGCUCAAACUGCACAGCGACUAUGCCGAGAAGGAGAGGAAGCUGCAGGAGAGCCAGUGCUCCAUGGCCUCACGACUAGAGGAGGCCAAUCACAAGGCCCAGGCCCUACAGACAGCACUUGAAUCAACUCAGACGGAGCUUUUCGACCUGAAGACCAAGUAUGACGAGGAGACCACAGCCAAUUUUGCUGUUGAUUUAUGUAAAUACUUAGAUUUUAUUCAAAUAGCGAAGUUGAGUCCCACAUGCCUUGUUUUCCAGAGAGUGGAGGCAGCCGAGAGAGAGGCCACUGCCCUGCGAGAGCAGCUAAUGUCCGCUAACAAGUCCCUGCAACAGGCCGCCCAGGCCCCGAAGGCCGCUGAUGCGGAGCCCAGUGUGGAGGUGCUGUCCCGCUCCAACCUGGAGGUGGAACUGGGCGCCAAGGAGCGGGAGGUGCUUCAGCUGGUGGAGGACGUGCAGCGGCUGCAGGCCAGCCUGAGCAAACUGCGCGAGACGUCAUCCAAUCAGAUCUCACAGCUGGAGCAGCAGCUGAGCGCCAAGAACAGCACCCUGAAGGACCUGGAGAACAAGCUUCAGGAGCAGGCAGACUAUGAGGAGGUCAAGAAGGAGCUGAGUAUUCUGAAAUCUAUGGAGUUUGGGCCAUCAGAGGGAGCGACGGUGCAGGACUCCACAAAGCCCCUGGAGGUGCUUCUGCUGGAGAAGAACCGCAGUCUGCAGUCAGAGAGCGCAGCUCUGCGCAUUGCCAACAGCGAGCUCAGCGGCCGCUACACGGACCUGCAGCGGGAGUUCUCCGAGGCGGUGCGGAUUGGCGCUGAGCAGAAGGAGCUGAUCCUGAAACUGGAGCAGGACCUGAGCACCGUGCAGGCCAUGUCCUCACUGCCGCGGCCCGACGCUGAGGGGGCAGACUUCAGCCACCUGGGCCAAAUCCCUGAACCCAUCAAAGAGGCUACAGCUCUGUUCCCAGGCGUCUCCCCCCCUACCAAAGGCGAGCUCCCCCAGGGGCAGAUGGACUCCCUGCUCUCCAUCAUAUCCAGCCAGAGGGAGCGCUUCCGUGCUCGCAACCAGGAGCUGGAAACUGAGAGCCGCUCACUCCAGCAGACCAUGCAGGCCCUGCAGAAUGAGCUGGACAGCCUGCGCGCGGACAACAUCAAGCUCUACGAGAAGAUCAAGUUCCUGCAGGGCUACCCGGGACGGGCCGGGAGCAGCGACGACACCGUGAUGCGCUACUCGUCGCAGUACGAGGAGAGACUGGACCCCUUUGCCUCCUUCAGCAAGCGGGAGCGUCAGCGCCGGUACCUGAGCCUCAGUCCCUGGGACAAGGCCACCCUUAGCAUGGGCCGGUUGAUCCUCUCCAACAAGAUGGCCAGAACCAUCGCCUUCUUCUACACCAUCUUUCUGCACUGCCUGGUCUUCCUGGUGCUGUACAAGACAGCGUGGAGUGAGAGCAUCGGCCGGGACUGCAGCGCGUACUGCGCUAAGAAGUACUCCGAUCACCUGCACCGUUUCCAUGAGAACGGGGAGAACGGUGAGAUGUGGCAGUGACUUCAUCCCUCUCAGCAGCCCGGACCCCAAGAACCGCUCUCCUGUCUGUCUUGCAGUGAUGGCUUUUACCCACUAGGGGGAGCGUGUUGGCAUCACCAUGAAAGUCCAGUGUUUGGUGUUAAUUCACUGGGAAAUCCCAACUCAAAUAUAGCUUUAGUGUAGUCGCUUCUUUCCUCUGUCACAUAAACAUAGAAUUACAGAAACAUUUAAGAAUAUAUAUGGGAGUUAAAUUCUUUUCCACAGAGGAUAAUCUCUGUGCUUUUUUUGGUUUCUUGAUCUUAUGAGAUUAGAUAGCAGGGGAAAACAAACAUUUAAACAUAAAAUUUAAUCAGACAAAUCAUUUAUGUCCAGUUAUAUAUGUUUGCUGCAGUGUAGUUUUGAUUUGGCCAGGUUGAAAUCUGACAAGGCUGCAUAUAGAUUGAAACUGUGUGUGUGUGUUUUCUGCAACUGGUAUUUGAAGACCCAGGCCACACCUGUCUGAUCAGAAAUGUAACUGGUGUGCAGUCGGCCCUUAUAUAUGUGUCACAGCAGGAGCUGUUUGAUUGUAUUGCAGUUUUGAUGGACCAGUCAGAUGUGUGUCUGCAUGUCAUAAUGACUUCAUCUGCCGUGUCAAUCUCUCCUGCUUAUUUCUGAUAUCCCCCCACCCCCGUAUCCAUGAUAAAGUUUGAGCAUUCA